CACUGAAUAGAGAGAUCCUGGGACUGGUUCAUUACACAUUCAGACUGAAAGACUAAUUCAUUACUGAAGAGUAUACAAAGGACGACUGCACAGUAACAGACCAUGAAGGCACAUCCCACGCUACUGAAAAAAACAAGCAGCUUGUGACAUCUGUACCUUGCCUUCUAGUACUUCCAAGCUGCUAGUAGAGUCUGGUGUGUCUUUCUUUCUGUCUCUCAGUGGAGAGAUGGGGAAAGAAAAAGGUCCAAAAGGGAAGAAGAUCACCAUGAAAAUUGCAAAAAAUUCCAUCCGGAUAUCUUUUGAUGGAGGACGUCGUCUUGACUUAAGCAAGAUGGGUAUCGCUACCUUCCCCAAGUGCAUUCUGAAACUGGCUGAUGUGGAUGAGCUUGAUUUGAGUAGAAACAUGCUAAAAAAAAUUCCGAACACCAUCGAGAAGUUUGAGAAUCUGCGCUGGCUGGACCUACAUAGUAACCAGCUUGAGGAGCUGCCCAAGGCAAUUGGUACACUUCAGAAACUUUUAUAUCUGAAUAUAAGCAACAACAAGCUGACCACCAGAAAUCUGCCAGAAGAGUUGAAGCUUCUUAAGAACUUGCACAUUCUCAACCUUGGCUUGAACUGUCUUGAGAGUAUUCCCACCAGUCUUGGGACCCUGAUGGAACUUAGAGAGAUAGGUCUCUUUGACAAUGCCUUGACCACCAUCCCAAACAGUGUAAAAAACCUCCCCAAGCUCAAGAAACUGAAUGCAGAAAGAAACCCUUUCCCAGAUUCAACAACCCAAGAAGAGCCUGUCGACUCCAUCAAACGUGUAGAAACACUUUACUUAGUACAAGAGGAAGACCUGUGCUCUUCCUGCUUGAAGAUGUGUCGGGGUAAGAGGGACAAACAGAACGAGUUAACGAAUAUGAUGCCCAGACCUUCAAAGAAGCCAAGUUUCUCUUUACUCCUUACACCCAAUUCCUCUGCGAAGGAUAACCAAGAAGAAUGGAGAUUAAAAGGCGAACAUCCUUGAAAUCAAGCAAGGUAUUCCACAGACCAUGUCCCAUGAAGUUCAAUCCAAGUUAAUAAA